GGAGCGCUUUGCCGGAAGAGGUGUGGCUUCGUCCCGGAAGGGGCGGGGCGAAGCGGGCGGCAGGCCUGCAGCGGAGCGGGGCCGGGGGCGAGAGCCGGGAAGCGGCGGGGAACGGCCGGGAGCGGCCCAGCGGGGCCGGGGCCGGGGCCCGAGCGGGAUCCAGCGGGGCCAGGGCCGGGGCGAUGCCGAGCAAGAAGAAGAAAUACAACGCGCGGUUCCCGCCGGCGCGGAUCAAGAAGAUCAUGCAGACGGACGAGGAGAUCGGGAAGGUGGCGGCCGCUGUCCCCGUCAUCAUCUCCCGGGCGUUGGAGCUUUUCCUGGAGUCGCUGUUACGGAAAGCGUGUCACGUCACCCAGUCCCGUAACGCCAAAACCAUGACCACGUCCCACCUGAAGCAAUGCAUCGAGCUGGAGCAACAAUUUGAUUUCCUGAAGGAUUUGGUGGCGGCCGUCCCCGAUAUGCAGGGGGAGGGCGAGGAGCCCCACGGCGAGGGCGAGCGGGGACCCCGAAGGGGUCGCCGCCCGGGCGCUGGCCGAAAGAACGGGGGUCCUGGGGCGAAGGGGAAGGACCCCAAACAGUCGGGGACGGACUCGGAGCAGGAGGAGGACUCUGAGGACAGUGACAGCGACGGGGAGGAGGAGACGCCGCAGCCCCCCCCCGCCCGACCCCCCCUCAAUUUCACCAGCCCUGGGGUGCCCUUCGCGCCGUUGGGACCCCCCGCGCUCCCGGGGGGGCUCCCGGGGGGGCUCCCCCCAGCCCCCGGCCCCCCCCCGCGCCCGUGAGGAGGAGGAGGAGGACGAAGACUACGACUCUUAGCGCUCCACUCCCCCCUGUUUUUUUGCCCGUUUAUCCAGGAUUUCAACCCGUUUCGGGGCCGGGUGCCACCUCCCAGUAUGGUCUUACUGGGAGCGGGGGCCUCGGACCAGUUGGGGGCUGGGAGCGGUACUGGGAGCACUGGGAACGCCUCCCCACGCCGGGUUGAGGGCACUGGUGUGAUGAGUUGUGUCCGUUCUCGGGGCGGGGGGGGAGCUCAGCCUGGACGUUUGGGUUCCCCCCACCCGGACGCCUGGGUCCCCUUUUUUGGGGGGGGGGGCGGUGGGAGAUUGGGGGGGGGUUGGUUUUGGGGCCCUUUGGUGGCUUUUAACGAGUCGGGGGGUUUUGUAUCGGCUCAAUAAAGUUCCCGUUUCCGUA